AACCAAGAUGGCUCCCGAGCAACGGGACGCAGACUUCCCUAGAAACGGGUAGUUAACUACAUAAACACUGCAUAAGAAAUGUUGUAGCUUGUAAGCUAGCCUGAUAGCUAGCUAUGUUAGCUACUAUCACUUAUGAAAAUUAAAUGACUUUCAUUAUUAAACGUCUGAUGUACAGGAACUCCGUGUCAUCAAUACAUGUCACCUGAAAGGAAAUCAUGACCCAGAGUGAAAAGCAAAAACCCACCAGUGAUGAAGAAGUCAUCAAGGAAUUGUGCAUUAGCAACGGCAUAUCCUAUGAGAAGGUGUCCCAAGAUGGAAGCAACAUCAGGUCUCUGGAGAUGUUUUUCUCAGGGUAUCCGCGCAUGGUGGGACUGUCCCUGUUCCCCAGGCUAAGCCAGCUGAUAGUGGUGGGCCAGAGUGUGAGCCACAUAGAGGGCCUGGAAUUUUGCCCUCUGCUUCAGGAGCUCUGGGUAGUGGAAUGCCAGCUGACGAACGUCUCUGGACUCCAAACUUGCCGUCAGUUACAGAAGCUGUACAUUUAUGACAAUAAGAUCAGUAAGAUUGAAAACUUGGAAAUGCUGGACAGCCUGGAGGUCUUAUGGAUCAACAGCAACUGCAUUACUCUCAUUGAGGGGCUGGAUACUCUCCUAAAUCUGAGAGAACUGAACCUUGCUGACAACGCUAUUGAAAGAAUUGGACACGGUCUUGAUUGUAACUCUGGGCUUGAAAAUCUAAAUUUAUCAGGAAAUAAAAUCAGCUCCUUUAAGGAGCUCACGCACCUGGCACGUCUUCCCAGCCUGACGUCACUGGGGCUGAAGGACCCGCAGUCCGUCCCCAACCCCGUGUGUCUGCUGUGUAACUACGCCACGCACGUGCUCUACCACAUGCCCGGCCUGCAGAGGCUGGACACCUACUACGUUUCCAACAGGCAGAUAAAGGACACGGCGGAGUCCACUGUGAUGAAGAAGAUGAUGUAUUACAAUAUGCGGGUGAAGUCUGCGCAGAGACAGCUGGCUAAGACACAGGCCAAACUGCUGGAGCACAAGAAGAAACUCAUGAAGCUGCCAGAGGAGCGAAUCAGGGCUUUCAGCUACGCCCUCAAACAGCUGGAAGGCGAGCUGGCAGAGGUGCAGAUGCACAGGAAGUCUGCGCACACCUGGGAGACCGGCCCUUCCUCUCAGGCCGAGGAAGCCAGCGAGUCCGACGCCACGCCCGAUGACAUCACCAGGGACCCCAGGCUGGAGUACAAACUCCACUGCAAACUGGGCGCGGUGAAAGAGAGGCUGAGAGUAUGGAUGCAGAGACUGGAGGAUAUUGAGACCCAUCACCAGCAGAGCCUAACCCUGGCCACAGAGAGGAAGGAGCAGAUGGUGCACUUCCUGUUAAUGGAGCUGGAGACGGUGGGGAACAUCCGCUUCGAGGAGGGCAGCCCCUCUGACCCCUGGUUCAGCUCCUGCUACGACCUCCUCCUGUCGCGCUUCUGCGUCUGGGACUUCAGCGGCCACGGCAUCACCGGGAUCAAGAUCAACGGCAUCAUCCGCAUCCACAACCGCGCGCUGCGGCUGCGCUUCGAGGACAAGCUGCACGUCCUGCUGGCCAGCGAUGAGUCCACCAUUUUCUCGCAAAACUACAAGCGCUGGCUGGAGUACCUGUUCUACGUGUACGACCCGGAGCGUGCCGAUGGGAACGAGUUCCUGCACAUCCCCGAGGAAGGCUUCAGAACGGCGGACGGGUACAAGGCUCUGGGGAGAGAGAGGGCCGUACCGCUGUCCAACAGCCUGAGCGUGUGUGAGAAGCUCAGGAUGGAGUACGCGCUCAAACAGGCGCGGGCCAGGGGGAGGCGCUGUGGUGACUCCCUCCCUUUCAGACACGGCCAGAUCCUGGUGGCCAAGGUGUUCCUGGGACGCAGCACGUCAGCUCGGGAAGGGGUGGAAGUGGACCCCGAAAAGUACUCCAAAGUGCACUCUGUCUUCCGCAGCGCCAGAAAGGACUCAGAAAAGCUCUGCUCUGCUAAACACCACAACAGCUGUGAGUGCAGCCUUCGCCAGUGCCAGUGGUACGUCUUCGACCACGAGCUGGUCCUCCCAGAGUACCUCAUCGACUUUGACUACGUCACUCAGGACAGAAACCAGUGCGGGUUCCUGGAGCAAAAGCCCUCCAGCAACACAGAGGUAUCCGCCCAGUGCUCCCCGGACGCCAGCCUGGACGAGGAGGCCCUCGGCAUGGAGCCCGUCCUCCAGCCCAGGCCCAAGAUGCCGAGCCUGGAUGAGAAGGCCCUGCUGGCAGUGGCCCGGGCCAACGUGCUGAGCCAGAUCACCGUCCUUAAUCUCCAUGGCAACAGCCUGAGCAGGCUGAAGGAGAUCUCGCGCCUCACAGCCCUGCGGCGGCUGACCGUCAGCUUCAACGAGCUCACACAUCUGGACGACAUCUCGCAUAUGCCCAACCUGGAGUUUGUGGAUGCGAGCCACAAUCGCCUGGUGACUCUGGAGGGCCUCCGGGGGCUGGGCCGGCUCAAGCAGCUGGACCUGCGCUGGAACCAGCUCAGCCGGACCAGGGAGGAGACCAGCGUGCUGCGAAAGCAUGCGCCCGCCCUGCUGCGCCUCCACAUCCGGCACAAUCCCUGGCACAAGCCUGGGACGGUGCGGACCACGGUGCUGGGCCGCCUGAAGACGCUGACGCACCUGGACGACCAGCUGGUGACUGAGGAGGAGGCUGCUGCUGCAGUGCAGAUUGCUGCUGACUCCAGAAUUAACCAGGCUGCCCUGUUGGCCCACUCCCGGACCGACCCGGACCGGCCCCGCAGCCUCAGCCUCCUCUCUGCGGCCCAGCUCUUGACCCAGCUCAGCCCAAACCCCUGGGACCUUAGCGGCCUACUGGAACCGGGCUGGACCUCCAAGAUCACUGCCCUCAACCUGGAUGGUCAGAGGCUCUCUCGGCUCACCAACCUGGACAAACUGGUCAACCUGCGCUGGGCGUCGUUCAAUAACAAUGACAUCACCAAGGCAGAGGGGCUGGACAGCUGCCAGCAUCUGGAGGAGCUGUCCCUCAAUGACAACUACAUCUCCAGAAUGGACGGUGUGUCCAAACUGCACCGUCUCACCCGCCUGAGCAUGAACGGGAACCAGCUGACCAGUCUGGACGGGGGAGUCCUGGACCGGCUUCCCAACCUCCACUUCCUGUCUUUGGAGAACAACGGCAUCAGCUCCCUGCAGGGCGUCCAGCGCGCCCGCUCCCUCUUCGAGUUCUACAUCGGCAACAACCGCAUCUCCACCACCAGGGACGUCUAUCACCUGAAGAGCCUGACAAACCUCAUCAUCCUGGAUCUAUAUGGGAAUCCUCUGGUGGAAAAACAGGAAAACUACAGAAUAUACGUGGUGUUCCACCUGCCCUCUCUCAAGGCUUUGGAUGGGGUGGCAGUGGAGACGUCGGAGUGCGAGAACGCCAAGGACGUGUUUGGAGGGCGGCUGACUCUCGACAUGGUGACAGAGAAGCUGGGUCACUCCAACUACUCAGACAUCUCCCAGCUGGACGUGCAGUCCUCCUCUAUCAGGACCGUGGACCUGACCCCUGGAGAUCUGUUCAGCAAUCUACAGCAUGUCAACCUGGAGCGAAACAAUCUCACCUCCUUCAGCGGCCUCGUCUACUUACCCAAAAUCAAGGCGCUGCAUUUGAAUUACAACCACAUUGAGUCCAUCCUGCCCAGACAGAAGGCCCAGGCCCAGGCCCACCUGACCAACAGGCAGAUUCUGUACCAUAAGGUCAUCUCUAGCGGCUACGGGCAGCAGGCCAUGUCCAAGGGCAGCAGGGAUGCGGGCCCUGGAGACAGCCUGGAGCCACUAAUGACAAACCUGGAGGUGCUGCAUUUGAGCCACAAUGGCAUCUCCAACCUGGCCAAUCUGCAGCUCAGCAGGCUGACCAAUCUCAAGGCGCUCUUCCUCCAAGCCAAUGAGAUCACCCAGGUGGAGGGGCUGGAGGGGCUGCUGCAGCUGCGAGAGCUGGCCCUGGACCGCAACCGCAUCAAGGCCCUGGGGGAGACCUCGUUCAGCGGCCAGGGCGUCCUGCUGGAGCUCCACCUGACCGAGAACCGCCUGCGGGAGCUCAGCAACCUGCACCCGCUCGGCCAGCUGCGCAGGCUCUUCCUGGGCGUGAACAAGCUGCAGGAUCUCUCUGAGAUUGACAAGCUGGAGGCCCUCCCCUCUCUCACCGAGCUGUCUGUGGUGGGGAACCCUGUGGCCCGCCGCUCCCAGCACCGGUCCUCUGUGGUGCUGCGGCUCUCCCGGCUGCAGGUGCUGGAUGGCACGGCCGUGACGCUGGAGGAGAGGACCCGCGCAGAGCUGGCCUACGCUGAGACUCAGUGCUCUCUGCCCACUAGCGCCGCCCCGGAGGCCAACGUGCCCUGCCUGCUGCCCUUCAUGCCACGAGGCGUCCCGCUGCGCAGCACCACCAUCGCGCUCCCUCACCUGCUGGGGCAGGACGGACAGCUGCCCUUCGGCCUGGAGGAGGCGCCGCUGAGCGACCCACCCAGACACAAAGCAAACGGGAGGCAGAAGCAAAAUGGCGGGUUCAUCCCCCCGCAGUGCCGCAGUGGCCCGCCAGAAAUGGCCUUCCGACAGCUCCGAGGGGCGGUGGCCCUCCCCACCACAUGCCUCCUUCCCAACGGCCACAGGGUCGUCAUCCCGUACCCCCACCAGCAAGAGCAGGACGGCAGGUGCCAGAGUGCUUCCAAACCGCCAUUGAUGUAGCGCGGUAACCACAGGGCUAGUACCAAAGCGCAAGUCCGAUGGGAGAGGCUGGAGUUGGAUGCCUGGAGCUGAGUCCCCGCUCUGUCUCUUUCAGGCCGUGGGGCCCCACUAUGGGCUGUUACAUAAAGGAGCAUGAGGAGUCAUAGGCCAGUCAUGUUCAUUGUUACACUUUUUGAAUUUUACUUAUUUAUUAAUGUUUAUUUGAUACAUGAAACCUAUGUGGAAGUGGAAGUGCUAUAAAGAAAAUUUUAAGUGAAAAUUC